AUGCUUUUCUCACGUUUGGUAUUUUUUGUUAUUUUAUUAAUUUUUAUUUCAAUUUUGACUGUUGAAUCGAGUAAAACAAUCAACGAUUGCCAUCAAGCUUGCAACAAAAAUACAAAAUGUGCAAGUAAAUGUGUUGAAUGUACAAAUAAGAAAUGUAAAAAAGAGUGUAAAGACGGAUUUUUCUCAAAAUCAGGUUCUGGCGCAACAAAACAAAAAUGUGUAGAUUGUACUACUCAAGGGGUAGCUGAAUGUGCGAAGAAAAAUUAA